ACGGACUGCGCCCAACGGGCAUGCGUAUUUCAAGCAGCCAUUGGGAAGGGGCCGCAGUGCCGAGGCUUCCCGGGCUAGCGGGGCGGGGUCCAGGGUUCGAGCCCGAGUCCCCCGGGAAGGUGGUCUCGUAGCACCGGUUCUGGACACGGGGAAACUGAGGAUUGGAGCGGUUAAGUGCUGAGCUCACACAGGAAGUUCCUGGACAUACCUCCAGCUCUGUGUCACUGUACCUGCUGCCUUAAGGAUGCUUGGUUCAAAGGACUUAUUUUGAGCUGGGCGUGGUGGCACACACCUUCACCGCACUCAGGAGGCAGAGCAUAGAGAGCCGUGAAGAGCAUGCCUUUCCGUCACCGGGCAAGUGCCACAAAAGACAGCAAGACAGAUGGCAAUGAAGCUCAGCCCAUGGAGGACACCCCUGGAGGACUGAAGGUGCUGCUGCAUUGGGCUGGCCCUGAGGGUGGGGAGCCCUGGGUCACCCUCAGCCAGGCCUCACUGACUGCAGAAGAGGUCUGCCUCCACAUAGCACACAAAAUUGGCAUCACUCCACCCUGCUUCAAUCUCUUUGCCCUUUUUGAUGCCCAGGCCCAAGUCUGGCUACCUCCAAACCACAUCCUUGGUGGGUCCAGAGAUCCAAGCCUGGCACUGUACUUCCGCAUGAGGUUUUAUUUCCGCAAUUGGCACGGCAUGAAUCCACAGGAGCCAGCUGUUUACCGCUGUGGGUUCCCUGGGGACCAGGCUUCCUCCAGUCGGGUAGAGCAGGGUGUGCAGCUAUUGGAUUCGGCCUCAUUUGAGUACCUCUUUGAGCAGGGCAAGCAUGACUUUGUAAAUGAUGUGGUGUCCCUGUGGGAGCUGUCAAGUGAGGAAGAAGUCCACCAGUUUAAGAAUGAGAGUCUGGGCAUGGCCUUUCUGCACCUGUGCCACCUUGCUCUCUGCCGUGGUGUUCCCCUGGAAGAAGUAGCCAAGGAGAUCAGCUUCAAGGCCUGCAUCCCGCGCUCCUUCCGUCAGCAGAUCCAGAGGCACAAUGCGCUCACACGCCUGCGCAUGCGCAGAGUCUUCCGUCGCUUCCUCAGAGCUUUCCGUCCUGGCCACCUGUCCCAGCAGGUGGUAAUGGUCAAAUACCUGGCCACCCUGGAGCGGCUGGCUCCCCGCUUUGGCACAGAGCACAUACCUGUAUGUCAUCUGGAGCUCCUGGCCCAGGCCGAAAGGGACCCUGACUUUAUCCGGGACAAGGGGCAGCUCCCUGGAGACCCUGUUCUAGAGUCUGCCUCGCGACCCCCUACCCAUGAGGUACUGGUGACAGGCACCGGUGGCAUCCAGUGGCGGCCACUACAGACCGAGUCUUCUGCGAGCAGCAGGAGGAGCCCUCAAUCCAGCUUGCCUGGGAAGAAGGCCAAGACCCCCAGGGUGGGGAAGCAGCCACCCGACAGACCACAGGAGCCGCCCUGGGCCUACUUCUGUGACUUCCAAGACGUCUCCCACGUGGUGCUGAAGGAGUGCUGCGUUACCAUUCACCGGCAAGACAACAAGUGCCUGGAGCUGACACUGCCUUCACGUGCCGCAGCCCUGUCUUUUGUGGCACUCGUGGAUGGCUAUUUCCGCCUGACUGCAGACUCCAGCCACUACCUGUGUCAUGAGGUGGCACCACCACGGCUGGUGAUGAGCAUUGAGGAUGGCAUCCACGGGCCCCUGCUGGAUCCCUUUGUGCAGGCCAAGUUACGGCCAGAGGAAGGCCUCUACCUCAUCCAUUGGAGUACCAGUCACCUGUACCGCCUCAUCCUCACGGUGGCCCAGCGAGACCUGUCUCAGGCCACCAGUGGAGGGCAGAGCCUGCGUCUCCGGAAGUUCCCCAUUGAGCAGCAGCAGCCGGGGGCAUUAGUGCUGGAGGGCUGGGGUCGCACCUUUGGCAGUGUGCGUGAGCUGCGUGGGGCCUUGCAGGGCUGCUCGCUGCGAGCUGGGGAUGACUGUUUCCCUUUGCGUCACUGUUGCCUGCCCAGACCAGGUGAAAUCUCCAACCUUAUAAUCAUGCGGGGAUCUCGCACCAGCACCAGAUCCCUUAACCUCAGCCAGCUUAGCUUUCACCGAGUUCACCAGGAUGAAAUCACCCAGCUGUCUCACUUGGGCCAAGGCACAAGGACCAACGUGUACGAGGGCCUUCUGCGAGUGGAGGGCCCAGAGGAGGGCAAAGUGGAACCUGGUAGGAGCUGUGGGCAGGACCUUCGUGUGGUGCUUAAAGUCCUGGACCCCAGUCACCACCACAUCGCCCUGGCCUUCUACGAGACAGCCAGCCUCAUGAGCCAGGUGUCCCACAUGCACCUGGCCUUCCUUCACGGAGUCUGUGUGCGCGGCUCUGAGAAUGUCAUAGUGACAGAAUUCAUAGAACACGGUCCCCUGGACGUGUGGCUGCGGCGAGAGAAGGGCCGUGUGCCCAUGGCCUGGAAAGUAUCUGCUGCUCAGCAACUGGCCAGUGCUCUCAGCUACCUGGAAGACAAGAACUUGGUUCAUGGCAAUGUAUGUGGUCGGAACAUCCUGCUGGCGCGGCUGGGGCUGGAAGAAGGCACCAGCCCUUUCAUCAAGCUGAGUGACCCUGGCGUGGGCCUAGGCGCUCUCUCCAGAGAGGAGCGGGUGGAACGCAUCCCGUGGAUGGCUCCUGAAUGUCUGUCUGGUGGGACCAACAGUUUGAGCACUGCAGCGGACAAGUGGGGCUUUGGUGCUACCCUCCUGGAGAUCUGCUUCGAUGGGGAGGCCCCGCUGCAGGGCCGCGCCUCCUCAGAGAAAGAACGAUUCUACCAGAAGCAGCACCAGCUGCCCGAGCCCUCGUGCCCUGAGCUGGCCACGCUCACCAGCCAGUGCCUGGCCUAUGAGCCAGCCCAGCGGCCAUCAUUCCGGACCAUCCUACGGGACCUCACUAGGCUGCAGCCCCACAAUCUAGUGGAUGUCUCAACCGUGAACCCAAACCCACUUGCCUCAGACCCCACAGUUUUCCACAAGCGGUAUUUGAAAAAGAUCCGAGAUCUAGGAGAGGGUCACUUCGGCAAGGUCAGCCUGUCCUGCUACGACCCGAACAAUGACGGCACUGGCGAGAUGGUGGCUGUGAAAUCCCUUAAGGAGGGUUGUGGUCCCCAGCUCCACUCAGGGUGGAGGCGGGAGAUUGAAAUCCUUCGCACCCUGUACCAUGAACACAUCGUCAAGUACAAAGGCUGCUGUGAAGACCAAGCAGGUGAGAAGUCGGUGCAACUGGUCAUGGAGUACAUGCCCCUGGGCAGCCUCCGAGACUAUCUCCCCCGUCACAGUGUCGGGCUGGCCCAGCUGCUGCUGUUCGCCCAGCAGAUCUGUGAGGGCAUGGCCUACCUACACGCUCAGCACUACAUCCACCGUGACCUAGCCGCGCGCAACGUGCUGUUGGACAAUGACAGGCUGGUCAAGAUUGGGGACUUUGGCCUAGCCAAGGCUGUGCCUGAAGGCCAUGAAUACUACCGUGUGCGCGAGGAUGGGGACAGCCCCGUGUUCUGGUAUGCACCAGAAUGCCUGAAGGAGUGUAAAUUCUACUAUGCAUCUGAUGUCUGGUCCUUCGGAGUGACCCUCUAUGAGCUAUUGACGUACUGUGACUCCAGUCAGAGUCCCCCCACGAAAUUCAUCGAGCUCAUCGGCCUCACCCAGGGACAGAUGACUAUACUGAGGCUCACAGACCUGCUGGAGCGAGGGGAGAGACUGCCACAGCCAGAAAAAUGUCCCUGUGAGAUCUAUCUUCUUAUGAAGAACUGUUGGGAGGCAGAGGCCUCCUUUCGUCCCACAUUCCAGAACCUUGUAUCCAUCCUGAAAUCAGCCCAAGAGAAGUACCAAGGUCAGGCCCCUUCGGUGUUUAGUGUGUGCUGAAGUUCAGCACACAGAAGCAGGACCUAAGCAGCGCCCACAGAAAAGGUCUGCCGCAGAUUCCUGAGCACCUUACUCCUCGCCUGGAGCCCUCCAUCUCUGUGCAGUGACUUCCUUCCUCACCUGUGAGCCUGGAUACCCUAAGGGACCCAGGAUGGGCAAGGGGGCUUGUUGCACUCAGCUCCAUGUUGCUGGGAUGGAUACCCAGCCAACCACAGCUUACAGGAGGAACGGGUUUAUUUCAAGCUUGCAGACCCAGAAGCAGAGGAAGAACCUGCCGUAGAUCCAGACUUCCACACAUCCAAGCAGAGAGAAACAACUGCCGCAGGCAGACACAAGCCAGCAGCCGGCACCAUGAGCAAGCACCAACCCAAAGCUCACACUGCUCGGCACACACCCUUGGGCUGGAAUUCAGACCCACCCCCAGUGACACCUCCUCCAGCAGAGUACUGGAGACUUCAUCAGGAACCUUGACCUUAAUAAAAAAAAAGGGGGGGGGGGGCUGGAGAGAUGGAUUAGAGAUUAAGGCACUUGCCUGCAAAGCCAAAGGACCUAGGUUCGAUUCUCCAGUACCCACGUAGGCCAGAUGCAGAAGGUG